CCCUGCCAAGACACCCCAGAGAAUGUGUGAAUGAAAAGGCAGAGGACAGGAAUCACUGAGUUCUCAGGGGUGAUCCAGGUGUCUGUUAGAGUCAGGAAGUGUAGUGAGUGGAGGGAUGCUAGGGCUGGACAGCAGAUUGGCAAUUCCAGAGCCAUCCUUCCACCACUAUCUGUGAUUGUGCAGAAUAUUUAAAGUCAUUUGAUUCCACAUUUGCUAUAGAAGCAGAUGAAAAUUAUCUGCCUUUUCAAAUGCUAACAUGUCUAAUUUCUUAUAAGUGCUAGUGUUAUUUGUGUGCUGGUUUAUUAUUAUUAUUAUUAUUAGCAAUUGUGGUGACCUGGUAGCUUCCUGAAGGUUCCUUUUGAGACCUUCUUGAUGGUACCAAGAGCUCCGAUCACCACUGGUACCACUCAUGUCUUGGUGCUCUACAUUCUCCUAAGCUCCUUCUCCAGACCCUUAUAUUUGCUGACAUUUUCAGCUUCCUUGAUCUUAAGGUUCCUAUCAUCUGGGAUUGCCACAGCUAUCAGGAAGUACUGCUUACUUAUUACUACUGUGUAUUAUGAUCCUGUUUAGUAUAUUUAUAAGGUUCAUUAUAUAUUUUAGUAUAUAUAUCUCAAAUUAUGUAAAACAAUGCCUUUAUGAUAUCUAACAGAACACACCUAAUUUAUCCUUUCUAUGAUGGCUUGUUUAGGCAUUGCUUGUUCAUGUUCAUUCACUAAACCCAAAUUUAAACAGGACAUAAAUUGCAGUGUUUGUAAAAAAAAUUAGUGUAUACGAACUUUGGUUUAUAUUGAGUUGACUGUAGGGUUUGACUUCUGAACCUUUAUGAUAGUAGGGUUAGAGAGAGAUAUACAAUACAAUAACUUUGCUGCGACUAAUAUAUUUAAUAUAGACUAUAUAUUUUUAACAGUUAAACAAUUAAAACAAAUCAUUUCUCCAUCGGGGUGCAGUACUGAGCCUUGAAGAAUCGAUGGACUUGCAAAAGGUAUACAACUGCUAUUAGUUAAAUGAAAUUUCUGUGAUUCUUACUUGAUAAUCGGAAAAUCUACGUGUCUGCAGUCGAUCGGAUCUAACAAUGUCGAACAGUUUCUAAGGAUCAUCAUCUUUUUUCUGUAAAUAAAAGUUUUCUUAGGCUGCAGCUGUACACACACAUUUGGAAACCGUCACUGACUGAGGAUGUUAAAGAGAUGACGCGGAAGUAAUCGCUUCUACUUUUCGUAGAGUUCUCUGAUGCAUUUCCAUGAACUGCGCUAAGUGCUGCAUGUCGCGUAGACAGCUUCGAUUUUGUGUAUUGUUCGUUCGCCACUUGGCAAUGCAAAAUGAGGGCUGUAUUUCUUGGAAUACUUAUUUUAUUUAAAUAUGGCGUUUACGCGUUGGAGUACAACUUUAAAGGAGAAAUUAGGAACUUUGUUGUUGGACAGGGUAAGGUGUACGUUGUUACCGACUCUCGCCUCCACCAGAUGCGUCUCGAUCUAGUAGAGGAAAAGUUUAAGGAUUUACCAAACCAUACACAUCCAAACAAAGUUAAUAUUUUAUUGCCUUUCGACGCUAAUGGUACACUGAUUGUCUGUGGAAGUGAUACAAGUGGAUAUUGUGAGGUCCUCGAUAUAAAUGACAUAACCAAAACUAUCUACAGAGAGGCUCUGUCAGUUGUACCAUUAGUGGAUAAAUCAUCGAUGGCAUUCCUUGUCGAUUUUGAUCAAAGUAACGGAGUACAAUCCAGGGGUGCAUAUUUGUUGGUUGCCGGGGAGAAUGAAGACAAGGCAAAAAAAUAUACAGGGUGUAACUUCCAAGGAGGUGUAACCUUGUGGAAUACUCUACACUCCCAGACGGGCGAUAUUUUCUCUACAACAGCCAGUGAACCAACCGACUCAUGUGUUAUAGUUAAGGAUGUUGAGUGGGUGGACGGGUUUCAAACAUCUUCGCACUCUCACUCGUACUUAUUUCUCAACAUUAAGUCUGCAACAGCACCGAGUGUUGUGCUCUUAAGGAUGCAUAACAGCCGCAAAAAAUCAAAAAUGACCAGAUCCCUGAAAGGUGCGCGGUUACAGUGUUGUGAGGAUAAACCCCGCCGCAAGCUCUUGUCCUCUGCCGUUAUCUCCUCUGGGAGCCCUCUUUUAUGGGUGGGAAUAUUCACUGCCCAAGAAGAGCACGAUGACACUGCUUUGGCUAUAUUCGACAUCAGCGAUCCAGGAAACCAAGUUCCUUCAGAUUUCGAAUGUAGUCCAAAGUGUGCAGAGGUUAAAAGGGACAAGGUAUUAAAGCCACAGUCUGAGGUUUUCAAAGUUAGUUCAAUGACCUCUGUGGCGGCACAAAAAAAAGGAUCGUGGAUUGUCCUGUACAUUGGAACAGGAAAUGGUCAGCUGAUUAAGCUUGUAUUGGAUAAGUCUUUCAGACCAGGAUGUAUGAAGGUGCUAUACAGAUCUGAUGAUGACAGAAUGCUGUUUUCCAGAAUGUACUUUGACCCAGUGGAUCAUAAAUGCAUCUACAUAGUUUUGAGAAAUCAAAUCCGGCGAGUGGCAGUAACUCAGUGUGGUAUGUACAGCACAUUGAGACACUGCAGGUCCUCUCAGGACCCUCUCUGUGGCUGGUGUAUGAACACAAGCAAAUGCUCUACCCAGGAUGAGUGUUCAAACUCUACUUGGAUCUCAAUUCCAGAUGAUUCUUUUCAGAAAGAGCUGAUUUCUUUUCAGGUGGCAAAGCACUCUGGAAAUUCUGAGGCAGGCAUGGAUGUCCCUUAUUCAAAAUACACAUCGGCACCGACAGAAAAGUGGACCUCUUCUGAACGGUUCUGCAGCAGUGGAAGUCAAGACGUUGACCUUAUGGGAGCCAUUAGAAAGAUGAAUGCAGGACAUAAGAAGAAUAAUUUUGUUCAGCUCACUGUGACUCUUCACUUAAGUGUGGAAGCCACGGGACAUUGUCCCUUAUCAUGCACCUUCAAGAGUGGAAGUAAGGAUCUGUGUGACAGCCUUCCUACUGCAGUUUUCCCCAAAUGUUCCUGUAGUUUCUCCAGCCAGGACCUGCCAUCUAAAGGACUCCAAGUCACAGCAACUGUCACUAUUGGAGAUGAGACUCUCACAGAAAGCCUGAAACUGAGAAAUUGCCCAGACAUCUCAGAGAGCUCACCAUAUGCUAAGUGUACUGCCUGUGUCUCAUCUGGGUGUCACUGGAACUCCAGUAACCAGACAUGUACCUGGAAUCAUGGGUCUGCACCACAGGUGCACAUGGAGGAUAUGUGUAAACAACUAACUGCUAGGAAGAACUACACACCAGAGAUCAUUUCUCUGUGGCCUAGUCAGGUCUCUUUUCAUGGCAAAAACAAUGCAGUGAUGAAGGGGAAAAAUCUGGAACAAGUUGUGAAAAUUCUCCUCCAAGGAAUCAUGGCCUGCAAUUCAAAGGAAAUUCCUGUGUUAGAACGCUCCACUGACACUCUGAGGUUCCACAUUCCAAAUGGAAAUAAAGGAUCUGUCAGGGUGUGUGUGGUGACAGCAGACGGAAGUUGUCAUAGCAACGCCACCAUCACCUAUGGCUCCCAGCCUACGUGUACUGGACUGCAGCCUAGACUCACAUGGGCCAGUGGUGAGCGGCAGAUUCAUGUGCUGGGGACCAAUUUGGAGUAUGCAGAGGCAGUCACUGUUCAUUUAUCGUCCAAAGAGAUUAUACUCAACUCAGCCAACAAGUCCUUUUGGUUCCACUCUGACAUUAUGAGAGAAUACCAGGCACCAGGGCCAUUCAGUGUAUCACUCAGAGUGGGAAACAUAACAGUGCCCUGCACAGAAACUCUCUACUACCACCCAGAUCCAGAAUUCACCAGCUUUGGCACAUCUCUGGAUGACAAUGAUGUGCUCAUCACCAUACAGAAAAAUGAAGACAGGUUGAAUUUAAGUAUGAAGGAGGUGAAUGUGUUAGGGCUGCAGAAAGAGGAGCCGUUUCCGUGUUUGAUACUAGAGAUUAAGUCCACUGCUGUCCUUUGUAAGAUUGUUGGAGGAAAGGCAAUCAGCGUGGACUCACUGAGGAUUGAGUUUGGCAGUAUUAAAAAAACUCUACAGAUGAAAACAUUUGUACAUAAAAUACAUUUGUACAUACUUGUCAUAUUAAUCGUUUUGAUUCUUCUUGGUGCUAUUGCAGGAGGCUUGGCUGUGCAUCAUCUUUGGGGCAGAGAGACUGCCCAGCAGGGGAGGGAUGACCCUGCAGAAAGACAGCCUGGGUGAUCUAUAGAGUAACUCAACUUGGUUGCAUCUUUGCAUCUGACAUUGAGCCAUAUUGCUGAAAAGCAAAUCAUACAUCACUGAAGAACAAGACGUGUGUUGAAGGCCAGUUUGGGACUGUUUUUUGUUUUUUACAUUUCUGUGCAAUUGAGCAAUAAAGGGAGAGGGAGGUUGUGAGAAGUGUUCUUGUUUAAGAGGACUGUGACUAGGGAAAAAGGAGCUGUUCAGGUGCUGACUGGUGUGGUAUCUCAGGACUCUUAUCCUCAGUUUCUUCUGGGAGGGGAACCAUUGGAAGAGAGAGUAGUUGGGGUGUGAGGGGUUGGCCAUCAUGUUUCUCGCUCUCCUCUUUACCCUUGAUGAGUAAGGGUGAGAAGAUGACAAAGAUUAAUAGUCUUCUCUGCACUUCUCUGUCUCGCACUCUCUCUGUCUCUCUCAUUUUUAUAUAUAUAUAUAUAUAUAUAUAUCUGCACUUCUGAAAAGAAGCUGACUUUCUUUUGCAAUGCUUAUUGCAGCCAAAUACUUAACCAUUUCUAAUUGUGUUUACUUGUAAUAUUAUACUAACCAGCUAGGUGGAAAUAUAUUAAUUGAUUUUAGUAGUUGUAGCUUUAAAUUUAAAGUAUAAAAGUAACUGUCCAAAAAAUCAACUGUCAUAGUUGUGGAUAAUGCAUUUAAUUUUUCAUGUUAUGUUCAUUUAUUGUGGUAUGCAACAACUUUGAAGGCCAUGUGGUACGAAGUGUUUCAAGACUUUUAUAUUUUUUAUUUGUUACUUUAUUCAUUUGGUACUUUAUUCCUCUUCAUUCAUGGUAAACCUCCCAAGAAAGCCAACCCCCUUUAAAUGGAUGGAAUAAAGAAGAAUAAUAUGCAAAAUCCAAAACAGACAUGUCCCUGCCCCUGGACCUUUAGUUAAAAAUUCCAAGUGCAGUUUCGUGAAAUAGGUUAAGUGGGGACUUCGUUUAGUAUGGUACGAAAACAACGAACAUACUUUACACAAGAAGAAACAAAAAAUAAUAAUUUUGUGAAGAUUAAACCACAUGAUUUCCAUUUUCAAACUGUUUUGUAGGAUUUUCUUUGUGGUUAGCUGGCUGCUGUUGGUUUCAUUAUUCGCUUAUUAUUAGUAGACUUUUUGCUUCACUCCUAGCCAAGUGACAAGGGCAUCCUCUAACGAUUAGCCUCGGAUCUUCAGAUUAGGUUGUUAACAGAAGUACAGAAAAGGAUCAACAUCUCAUUUUGGCCAAACUGUAUCUCAAGAGCUGCAUCUUAAGAUGCAUCUCAAGAAUCAACAUGGUCAUCCCAGUAUAUCUGAAAUGCCCCACUUGCAGGUGUAAGUGCGAGUUGUCCAGAAGCUGAAGAAUCUAUAUUGCAGGGACAGAUAUAUGGCAUUGUCAGAUCUGGUUGCUCUGUAUGUAUACUGGAAAGGAUCUUGGAUAGCAUCAGUUACAGUUUUGCAAAAGUGCAAAAUAGGCAUUUUAAAACACAAUAUCUGCGGUCAAUGUGACUGUUUGGUAGGGUGAUCAGUCUACCACCUCUGGCCAUGACAUAUCCUUUGUCACUGAAAGUCUAUUGUAUAAUUUGAUGUAUACUUUGAGAUUUUAUAAAU